AUCCUCCUCAACUUCUUCGCUGGCUUCGGUACCGUCUUCCGGCUGGCUCGGCCGCUCCUCUUUCCUCCGUCACUUUUCAUUGUGACGCAGGUCUCUCCUCCGUGCGACCAACAACGUUCAACGAGCAAUCUCCAGCAGGACAAUCUGGACGACUGAGAGACGGAGAAGGGUGCCGCGGAGUGUACGCACGUAGACUCUUGCAAGGGCAAAGAACACAGGGACGUGGCUAUCUUUCCCUGCGCCUCGUCACCGCCGAAAGCGCACUUUGGCCCACCUGGGCCCGUUCUCUUGCGCGACAAUACUACCAACUUAACGACAGAAGACACAUAGGAAGAGAAGCAGCAGCAUGUCGUCGCUAGGAAACGGCGAGCCCCCAACGCCUUCGCCGAAACCUCGGGGCGGAAACAAUGGCGGCCAGCUCAAUUUCCCCCGUCCACCCAGAGGCCGGAGGAGUGGGAGCAACCUUCGACGGUCCCAUGCGGCAGAUGGUAGCAGUGGCGAGCCGUAUGCAGCAGCAGGGGGCUCUUCGGAGUCCGAGUCAGACAACAAUCUGACGGAGGCCGCCAUCUCUAGACCGUCUUCGCCUCCAGUGUUGGCAAGCGCUGCUGCUGCUGCGGCAGCGGCGCAGGGAUCGACGUUGUCGGACAAGGACAUGACGCUCCGUAAUGCCAGCGAGAUUCUCCAAGGAUUACUUGGGGACACAAGCAACGGCAUGAACGCGACGGGCGAGCUGGGAAAGGCAUUCAUCGAUCAGCAGAUUCGACUCCAGCAGCUGGCAGAGCAGGUUGCCAGCACGCUGCAGGAGGGCAACGCCAGCCGAGAAGAGGGCCGACAAAACAGCGACGAGGUGUUUGAAGGCGUUGCAGAAGGAUCGGGAUCGGGUGUCUCUGCACGAGACAGGGAGCUUCUGGAGAGCAUUGCGAUGGAAGUUGACGAGAUCAAGAGGGAAAGGACCCGAUUGGUACGCCAGCUCAUCGAGCAGAGCAGGACCGAGGCCGUCCAGACCGAGGCACGAUCGAGAGAGGAGGCCGAAUACUACUUUCGCGAGGUCAUUCUUCCCGGUGUCGGCGGCCAUCCAGGUGGCAUGUCGGAGUCAUCCACAGUCUCGAGCCUGGCCACGCCGACGAAGCUCACCCCUUCGGCCAAGGAUCGACGGCGGCAGAAGAAUGCGACGGCGCCGUCCAAUGCCCUCAAUCGGGACUCCAACUUUGUCAAUGACAUUGAGCGAAGCUUGCUCGUCGAACUGAGGAGGCUCCAGGCCCUCGUCUCCGAGAGAGACGAGCAGAUUCGGAACUUGCGCGACGACCGAGACCAGCAUCAGAGCCUGCUCCAGAAGAGUGAAACAAACCUCAAGAGGGAGAUUGCAGAAAGAACGGCCAAGGACGCGCAGCUGUACGACAUCCAGGCCAGCGCCCAAGAGUGGGAUGUGAAGCGUACCGAGCUCGAGUCGGCUGUCAGCAGCGCCGAAAACGAGGCAAGGAGGUUGAAGCGGCAGCUCAUGGAAAAGACGGACACCAAUGAGAGCCUGACGGCGAACAACGAGGAGCUGCAGAACAAGGUCGAUGAGCUCAAAAACAAGCUCAUCACUGUCAAUGCUCAGCACAAUGCUGGUCAAAAGACCAUCAUCAACCUCAAGAAGGAGGCAGACGACCUCAAGGAAGAGAUUCAGCAGCAAAAGAAGGCAACAAUUCCCCCGAGCACGAGCGCACAGCUCAACAUGAGCAUGACUGGGUCCGAAGCUUCGGCAGACGGACGCCUCCGCUCAGAGAACCUUGGCGCUACGCCCGAAGGCCCCGCAGGAAGGAGAGCCGGAGGACCUGACACAUUGACGCCCUCCAACUCGCAGUCCUUUGAGCUGCAGUCGCCGGCGGACCGCGUGAAACGCAGCGGGCGGGUCGAGGACCUCGAGUCAAAGCUGGCGAAGAGCCAAGAGCACGCGAUUCGAUGGAAGAGAAAGUUCAAUGAGCUUCGGGCCAAGAGUGGUCAAAAGGGCGAACCAGACUCUUCGGGUGCCGAGGAAAGCCUCGAUGAGGACGACGAGGAGCACUUUGUGGACGUCGGAACGUCUCCCAAAAAGGCAAGGUCAGGCAUGCCUCGCAGCUCCACGCACUCCCGAAUUGUCGGCUCUGGUCGCAGAUUCAACAGCAUGGCGCGAACGCUGGGAAUCCGAGGUGCCGAUCGAGGCUCCAUCUCUUCCGAAGACGACCUGCAGCCCGACGAGGAGGUCACGCCAGACAACUCGAUGGAACGGUCCUUCAACGACGAGAGCGGCAGCGUUGGCUCUUCUUCCGCUCGCGCUUCCCUCGAGGGAUUCGACGCCGACUUUGCCGAUCCAUCCAAGCCCGAGUACGGAAGCGCAAAGAAGAACAACAAGAGGAGAUCCACCUAUACGCCAGCCAACUUCUCCGCCGCAAAGGCAAGUCCCCUUUCGAGGCAGAUCGACCUCGAGCCCGAUGAUCACGACGUCAGCAGCACUCAUCGGCCCGGCUCGGAAAUCUACGAGCCCAAUGCGCUUGGUGCCGAGCUUGCUGCGCUUGGCGAUCAGGAAGAGCAGCAAGAGGAGGACCUGCUGGGCCCGGCGUUGGAGGAGCGAGACGAGAUGCAUCGUCAAGCCGUCGCAGAUCUCGAGCAGAAGCAUGCCGCUCUCUUAGCCGAGGCUCAGGCAAAGCAUGCAAUCCUGUUGGAGGAACGAGACGCCAGCCACGCGGCCGCUCUUGCCAGCCGUGAACGCGGCCAUUCAGAUGCCAUGGCUGAAUCGAGUGGUUCCCACGCUGCUGCUCUUGCCGAUGCUGAGGCCAGGCAUGCCGCUCAGACGGCCGAAAUCGAGCAGAGGCACGCAGCUGCCGUCACCGAGCUGGAGGUGAACCACUCGCGAGCUCUGGGCGAUGUACACGAGAGGCACCGCAAGGCUCUCGGCGUCCGCGACGACGGCCACGAAGAGGCCGUGGCGCAGCUCGAGCAAAAGCACAGCGAGAAGCUCAAGGCGGCUCUGGCCGACGCUGCAAAGCUGCACGAGUCAUCGACCGUCGAGAUGAGGAAGCGCCACGCCGAGGAUCUGGCCGCCAAGGUGGCUGAGGGAUCCGCUGCCCUCGCAGCUGCCGAAGCACUGCACAAAAAGAUGGUCUCCGAAGCACAAGCCGAAGGGAGCGCCGCGCUCGAAAGGCAAUCUCGAGCGCACGACCGAGCGCUGCAUGCCAAGGACCGCGAAGCCAAGGAACAGGUGCUCUCGUUGCAGGCUAGUAACAGUGCUGCUCUCGAGAAGCAGUCGCGCGCACACGAUCAGGCCCUGUCGCUCAAGGAUCAAGAAGCCCAAGAGCAGUUGGUCACCCUUCAAGCCGGACACGAGGAGGCCAUGAAGCAGCGCGAUGCGGCUCACAACCAGGCCGUCUCGCAGCGCGACGUCAUUAUCCGAGCAAAGGAAGAAGAAAUCUCGCAAAUGCGAGCUCGCUUGAGCCUCUUGGAAAACGAGCUGGCCACUGUCAAGGCGAAGAUAGAUCAGUCGGUCAAGGCGCACGACGAGGCCAGAGAGGAGCUCGCAAAGGCGCACGCUUCGCGUCAGGAGGUGGAAAGCAAGCUGGCGCAGGCCACAGAAGCUGCUGCUGCUGCUACGGCGGCAGCCGCGGCCGCGGCCGCCGCCACUGCUGCUUCAGCGCAGGCAGACAAGUCAAUGGCCAAUGACGCAGACGACGAAGAAUUCGAGGACGCUGUCGAGGCAGGCCAAGAGAUGGAUGUUGCUAACCGAAGCGUCGAUGUGUCUGACAAGGGCAGCGACGACGAGGACGAGACACCUGGCACGCCAGGGGAUGUUGUCCAGGAGCCAUCAUCCACCAAGGCUGAGACAUUGACGGAAGAGACGGCCGGCAUUCGCAAGGUGGUCCUUGCCGAUCUGCGAGACACAGGCUGCCAGACCGACGAUGCAAUGUGGGACGAGUACCAACGGCAACGUCUGUUUGGACCGAGCACGUCUGCUGAUGGCGAGGACACCAUCCAGGCAGGACCGGGCGGCAUCUUGGUCCUCGGCAGCCAAAAGAAGCCUGCAGUCCAGCUCUCGGCCACCUCUUUGCCCAACUCCAUCAAUGCCAACCCGACUCGACCUCGCGAUUCGGUCAGCACCUUUGGCGGUAACCGAGACGGGACGUCCAAUGCCUCGAACAGGGCUGAGUCUCCAGCGCCGACGAUGUACACUGUGGGCGCCGUCACGGGUCCUAAUGGCAGCCGUCGCUCCUCGGUCGAUUCAAGCCUGCACCCGCCUGCAGGCGACCAGGGCGAGGUGCCUCCGAUGCCAGAUCGAAGCAAGCCACCUGUGAUGAGCGUCCCUCCCCCGCCAAAUAUGCCACCGCCUCCCAACUUGCCCACCAAGCAGCAGAGGGCGGCUGCGGCUGCUGCUGCUGCAAUCGAGGUAGCUCCUCCCAGACCAACUUCACCGCCACCUGCGGACCUCGUCUCGCGUGCUCAAAGAACGCUCCAAGUGCCCACGCCAGGUGCCGCAUCAGGUCGCUCGUCUCAAGGCCUGCCUCCGCCGAGCUCCUAUGUACCACCAAACACCAUCUCCUCAUCGAGGGCGCGACCCGGCUCGUCGGGCAGUGUUGCAAACGUGAGGACCCGCAAGGGAUCCGAUGCCCCCAGCGUUCAGAGCCAGCGUCCUCCUAGCAGUCUCUCCCGACGUUCGACGCAGCAGCAACGAAGAGCACCGUCUGCGCAAUCGUUUGCCUCAGACGUGACUUCGGACAUGAGCAGGCCCACGUCUGUUGCCUCAAUGUAUGGACUUGAGGGUCUCGACGGCCAUUCAAAGAUUGCUGGGGCGACCAAUUCGACCGAUCCAGCGGUGAUUGCAUCGAUAACGCAGACGAUGAUUGGCGAGUACCUGUACAAAUACACGCGGAGGUCCAUGGGUCGCAACGGGCACUCGGACAAGCGACACCGACGUUACUUCUGGGUUCACCCCUACACGAAAACGCUGUACUGGACCGUCACUGAUCCGGGCGGAGACCAGACAAGCGAGGGGCUGAGCAAGAGCGCCAACAUUGAGGAUGUCAGCGUGGUCGAUGAUGACAACACGAGCCCUCCCGGCCUUUACCAUCUCUCCAUUCUCGUCAAGACUUCAGCUCGCGACAUCAAGCUCACUGCUUCGGAUCGCGAACGGCACGAAACAUGGCUCCGAGCCCUCGAAUACCUCGUCAAUCGUUCAUCGUCGCCGCAAGACCAGCAGAAUGCCGGUGAAGAGCCCGAGAUUGGUGGGCGAACCGAGGUUGAUGAGAUGGGCGUGUUGAGGCCACCUCGUCAACGUGCCCAGACAAGCAGCAUCCGAUCUCGAACGUUCCUCUCUCCAAACCGGAGCUUUGUGAGCAGCAUCAGCGGACGGGCCCGGAGAGGAAGUGCAGUCUCGGUGGAGUCGCUCGACGCAACGCCAAAGCCCCGGACCGGUGCUAGCGGAGGGACCUACGCUGCCAGUUCAAUGAAGUCCACCUCUUCGGCUGCCGCUGGGAAACGACGCGACACAGGCGCGAAGGAAUACCUCGAGCAGUGGGAGGCUCUGCGGAAUGCCAACGCCAACGUACCCACCAGUCCUGGCUCGAAAGUCAGCAUGGGCAGCGUCGGUGGCGCCAGCAGCAUUGCUCCUCGACCGUCUUCUCAACAGCAGCGACGGGGAGAUCUGGCCAGCCAAUUCUUUGGCCGCAGAGACUCUCGGACAGCAGACGCUUCCGUCGACGAAGUCUACUCGCCAAGCAACACUGCCAAGAAGACGGCGGAGCAGAUGCUGGAAGAGGAUGAGGAGAACGGAUUCGAGGGACUGGACAAUGUGCGUGCGUGCUGCGAUGGCAAGCACGACGUUGGCAGCCUGGCCCACAAGCAUCACCACCACCAUCAUCACCGUGAUCACCCGCGCUACAGUCGCCGGAACAGCAAUCACGACAGCACCGUCACGCGGCCGAGGUCGAGCACGGGUGCGUGGAGCAAGCACAGACGCGAGGCCAGCAACGAGGGCAAUGCGAUGCGACCGAGUAGCCCUCCGCCCCAGCUGGGGCCCCUGAAUCUCAACAGCAUCGAUGCGGCAACGGCACCAGCCAAAAAGGACAGGGGAAACAACUCAUCUACCGACUCGCACAUGUCCUCGGCGCGGGGCAAGACGAGCGAAGACUGGUUCUCAGCCGCCGAAGAGGGCCCUGGCGCCGGCAUGGGCCACAACAGCUACACGGAAAGGGUGCAGACCAUCCGUUCGUCGUCGAGAAGGUGAAGCACAUCUCCCUUUUACCCUUCCUUUCUUCCAUAACAGUCGCUCGUAUUUUGAUUAAAUUCUUGUAUACAAUAAUGGGCCACGUUCGUUUCUCUCCUUUCUCAAUCACAUCUCACUU